AUGAGUCUGUUUGAGUCCCGUCUCCAGUACGUUUCAGACAGUGCUCUGAGAGUAGUGUACACCUGCCACGAGCCCUCCAUUAUCAUGACAUACGACACACAGCAGUGCACACACACUGUCUGGACCCUGCGCAAAGUCACACCUGAGGUAUGUCUGUUUGAGUCCCGUCUCCAGUACGUUUCAGACAGUGCUCUGAGAGUAGUGUACACCUGCCACGAGCCCUCCAUUAUCAUGACAUACGACACACAGCAGUGCACACACACUGUCUGGACCCUGCGCAAAGUCACACCUGAGGAGCAGACGACAGUGUUAAAGUGUCCAGACCAACCUGGGCCGGUUCACACUCCCAAUGCGGCCCCCAGCUUCCUCAGCACCCACCUGAGAAAUGUGACCCGGCUGGACUCGCCUGCCUCGCCCUUACACUGCCACGCCCUGCACAACCAGAGCCGAAUCCCCACCUCCCCAGGCCUGCACUCACGUGUUCACUCGCCCAGCAUUUCAAACAUGGCUGCUCUCAGGUAUGUCCAUGCAGGAGGUUACUGGAUACGUUUGGAAAAACAUACUAUUCAUGCUUUUUCUGCAGUAUGUAUACUGUACACAGGAUGCAAAUUUGCUGUAGGCAGUAGAAGUGUUAUAUGA